UGACGUCACAGAUGAAUGGACGACGUAUACGUGUAUGAAUGAUUUUUAUUGCCGCACUGCCAGUUUUGGCGUCAAACACAUAAAUAUGGUUAUUUCUUUGCUUUUAUUAAGGAUGUUCGCAAUUUUAUUAGACAGCUAGACUUUUAUUUUAAUAUACUAUGUGAAAGUUUCCAUCAAGAAAAUUAUUCAGCACUAAAUGUAUUUUUGACGAACGAGAUGGGUCUGCUAACAGAUCCUAGAGCUGGAAGUGGUAAACUCAUAAAAUUAUUGUUAAAAUGGGAGAAACCGUUGUGUUUUACAUUAUAUAUCGGUGGAAUCGUAUGGCUGAUGCUCUUGGCGUUACCGGCAUUUAAUGACAAUACCUACUUCUCUGAGAAUGCCCUGCUGCCUGGAUUGGUUACAAAAGAGAGUAAUUUGGAACAGACGUCAAAGCAGUACUAUCAUGAAUUAAUUCACGAAAUGAAGAGAUAUCCAGACAGUAUGCCUUAUGCAUGGCUUUCCGCCAAAUUCAGCCAGCUUCAUUUGGAUGUAUUUAUACAUAAUUUCUCUUUGAUUUAUCCCUUCCAAGAACAAAAGUUUGUAGGACAAAAUAUAUAUGGCAUUGUUAGAGCUCCACGGGCAGCCAGUACCGAAGCUAUUGUAGUCAGUGUGCCAUAUAGACCUAUUAAUAGCAUUUAUCUAGAUACUGCACCUUCGGUAGCACUGUUACUUGCAUUUGCAAAAUUUUGCAGAAAACAAAAGUAUUGGGCAAAAGAUAUAAUAUUUCUUGUAACUGAACACGAGCAAUUGGGUAUGCAGGCAUGGUUAGACGCAUAUCAUGGAGUUACUAGUGGCCAAGAAGGAAUUUUGAUAGCAGGAGACUUAUCGGGAAGAGCUGGAUCUAUUCAAGCUGCUAUCAAUUUGGAAUUUCAUGCAAUGAAAAUUACAUCAAUUGAUGUCAAGAUAGAAGGAUUGAACGGGCAAUUACCAAAUUUAGAUCUUUUUAAUUUAGCACAAAAUAUGAUAACCAAAGAAGGAAUUCGACAAACUUUCCAACGUCGAUUUGAUGUUAAUUAUAGAGAUAAAUUAAAAAGUUGGGGAUAUCAUUUUAAUACAUUAAUGAGUAUGGUAGUAACACAAGCCACUGGUAUUCCGACUGGUAAUCAUGGACUUUUCCACAGAUUUGGUAUAGAGGCUAUUACAUUAGAGGGUUUCCAAAAAUCUGGCAAAGAGACGGAAGCAAAUUUUUAUCAAGUAGGACGUGUAGUGGAAAGUAUAGUGCGCUCACUCAAUAAUUUGUUAGAACGAUUCCAUCAAUCAUACUUCUUUUAUCUAUUGCCCUCUACUGAUCGAUAUAUUUCUAUUGGAUUAUAUAUGCGACCUUUGGUACUGAUUAUUGCUAGUGUAUUUAUAAAGGCAUUUUCUAUUUGGCAAAGAUUGCAAGCCUCGAGUAACUCGAAUGAAACGAAAAAGGACAAACAAAAUUCGUUGAACAAGGUUGAAGAAUUUGAUAUUGGAGGUGUCGCUUCAGAAGUGUUGUGGGCACACAUAUUUGGAGUAUUAAUAAUGGCAUCUCCUCGAUUUUUUGCUUCAAUCGGGUCACGAAUGUUCCACCUACGUACGGAGGAUUCCUUAUAUGCCAGUUUCGCCCUUAUCACGAUUCUCACAUUGUUGCGACGUUUCUAUCUGAGAAGGUCGAUCAAAUACGAGAAUAUUUCGCUUGUCUGCGUUAUCGCAUCAAUCGAACUGGCAACUACAUUAAUGUGCAUAGCUAUGCAUAAUUUUUCAUUAGCAUUAUUGACAGCCGUUGUGUAUGUACCGGUUGUACUAUUAAUAACACCACAUCAUAAACCUGCAUCGAGAUUACGCAAUUGUCAAUACAUCGCGUGGAUUAUACUUCAUCCGUUCUUCGCAUCGGCGAUAGUCGUGAUGGGCUACACGUAUUUCAAUUUUUCCACUGAUCCUGUAGUAUCUCUACUUCUCAGAGGCUAUCGCGCAAACAAGCAAGCGCUUGUAUUCAGUAUUGUAGACUCUAUGAUAUACGGCAACUGGUUUUACAACGUUACUACCGCUGUUAUGUUGCCGAUAUGGUUGUUGUUUUGGAAUGUUAUGCGUUCCAGCGCCGCGAUACCUUCACAAUAAAGCGAUUGCAUAACUUACAGUUAAUCAAAUUUCUAUUAAUAUUUUUCUAAUUAAUAUUCAACGAUUUGUUUAAGCGCAAUCUUUUCAAUGAGAAACUAUCAGCUUAACACUAAUCAAUUAGAGUCUAGGGAAAUAUGCUCUUGUUUCUAAAAAGCAAAAUAGAAAAAACAUGCUUUAAAAAGAAAAAAGAGAUUAUCUCUCAUGAGAUUAGAUUCGUCAAUAUCAUAAUACGUCAGUCAGAAGAUAUAAAGUAUCUUCCAAUGAUAACCCUUAUGUCACUUUUACUCUUACUGCUCGGAUUCGCUUGACUAGUUUAGAACGUGCAGCGACGCCGAACGGGUGUGAUUAUUCUAUUACGUGAAGUGUCGACGUUCACGAAAAUAAAGACAUUGUAAUGGUGCGUAUGGUCUUUUUACACAAAAUAUUAAUACUGCUUUGUGCUGAUAAAUAUUUCUACAUUCACGUUAUGUAUUCAAUCGCAGAUGACUCUUAGGUGAAUAUUGCGUCUUGUUUUUUUUAUUUUGCUUCUGACGCUUAAGUGUUGCAACAAAUGCAAUUCAGAUGUAAUCACGACCUUCGUGAACUUUUCAUGUGUAUUUCACUUUCGUUCUAUGAAAGUAAUAAUUUCAACAACUUCUAGCUCAAGUUUUUCUAGUAAUCGUGUUAUUCAGUAAUUCGUAAAAAUUUGUAUUGCUUAAUUGUUAUGAUACAGAGAUAUACAUCUGUAGAUACAUCUGUAGAUAUAUCUGUAACUUGUUAUAUAAGAAUUACAUACUGCAUUUCUAAUACUCCGUUUUACAUUCUGUGUAUUCUCCACCGAUUGCAUUUUAAAAAUAUACGAACUUGAUAGUAAAGUGUAUUUUUUAACUCGGUUCUUUUUUUAAUAAAAAUACAAGAGAUA